AUGGCGGCUUUUCAUGACUCGCCAAGUGCAGAGUGGCCUCCGGUAUCCAGCGACAGCAUGAAUGCUCAAUCAAAGAGUAGCUUGGAAGCAGCGGCGGAGGCAGCUGCGAAAGUCAACGCCAUGCUUAUCGCAAAGGGAAAACUUAAACCUUCACAGUUGUCUGGGACACCUCAAAUCAGCAAGCCAAGGGCAUCAAGUGUGCCCGCUGUACCUUUCAGUAAACCAGUUCAGGUACCUUCCCAGAAUAACCUUGUCGUGGCUGAAGUAGAUAUCAAUGAUGUCCCAAUUGGUUGUAGGAAUUUGCUUACAAGAGGAGCUACCCAAGAAGAGAUCUCCAAAAUGAGUGGCGCUGCAGUUUCAACAAGAGGCCGAUUUAUGUCCCAAGAAGAUAAAGCCAAAGGUUUAGGAGAGCGGCCUUUAUACCUAUGCGUGCAAGGGCCAGACCAGCACUGUGUGGAUAUGGCUGUCAAAAGAAUCAAUGAAAUCAUUGCCAGUCACCAGUUGCGACAGAACAAAUACAAGGGGAAUCGUUUUCUGCGCAAUAUGGAAGGUUUUGGUGUCAGUACCCGCGUGGAGGAUGGCAAUGUACAUUUACAACAGAUGCAGGGUCCACCACCUGGUGGUCCUCCUCUUCCACCACAGACCCAAGUGCCACCGCCCCCGCUCAUGUUCCAAACGCCACCGCCUCUGAUGUCCUUGGAGACGCAACCACCUGGCAUGCAUGGGCUUCAAAUUUUGUCGGAGAAGAUUUACAUCAUGGGUGCUGAAAAUGCUCCACCAAAUUUUGACGUCAAGGGAAAAAUUCUUGGUCCAGGGGGCUCCUACAUUCAACACAUUGCUAAUGAAACGAUCGCCAAAGUCACCUUGAAAGGGAAAGGAUCGGGAGUCCCUGAGCCAAACACAGGAAGAGAAUCAUUUGAACCUCUUCAUCUUCUCAUUCAACAUCCGAAUAUGGCUGGCCUCCAACAUGCUAAAGAACUGACAACCAAUCUGAUUCAAACGGUCCAGCAAGAAAUGGCGCAGUUACAAGCGUUGGCCUCGAUGCCACCCACAGUAUCUCCUGCUACAGCUGCUGUCUUAGCCACUGUACAAUUACAGAAUCCUCCCCGCCCCAUGCUGAACCAGCACACGACACUUGUGACUGGUGCGCCAGCCGUGGCCACACUACAGCAGCACCAGCUUGGCUCUGCUGCUCUGUCAUCCAAUCAGUAUGCCCAGACGUUGUCGACCAUAGCCCAUCAGCCGUCGAUGCAACUCACACAAUCCCAAGUUGGACUACAGCCAGUCGCGUCUAUGACCCUUGGGCAGGUUACACAGCAGUCACUGGUAAAUCCAAACCAACCUCCAAACACGAUGCAGGUCCAGUUACCACCUGGAAUGCAGUUACAAGGACAGCCUGGGGUGCAGUUGGGCCAGCCUUCUAUUCAGACUGUUGGACAGCAGCAGUUGUCUUUAGCACAGCCAGUUGUGUCUUUAAAUCAACCAAUGAGUUCACAGGCACAGACGAUAACGCAUUUCACCCAACCUGGGCUCCAGGCAUCUAUGCCUGGUUUGCCACAUGGUGCCCAGGUGCAGGCAUUGCUUCAACAACAGCCCGGACUUGUACAGUUGACGUCUCAGCCACCACCACAGCCUGGGCAGCUGACGAUCAGUCAUCCGUCGCAAAUGGUGCAGAUGGACCCAGGAAUGCACCAAGGGUUGGAACAGGCACAACAUUUGAGGGAGAGUGAGCUGCCUCCGAUGCCACUGGAGGUUUCCCAGAAUCUCCAACUCACAUCGCAGAGUGAAGCACUGUUUUCUAUGCCACCACCCCAAGUACACUUGACAACUGGCCACCAGCCCAGCCACACUGUGGUCACCUCUGCGGGAGGUUCGAUAUUCUCAAUGAUGCCACCUUCCUCACUGGCGCCCCCAGCUUCAUUGGCUCAGAUGGUGCACCAACAAGCAGUAUCCAUGCAGCAUCAGGCUUCAAUGGCGCCACAAACACAGCAAGUCCUGUCAGUCAAUUAUUCCAUGCCGCCGCCCUCGACGACGACAACAGUCGUCACCAUGGCAACCCCGACGAUACCGCUAUCUGCCUAUGAUUACUACAGUAAGGUGGCAGCACCUACGAAGGAGGAACAACAGCCGAGGCGACGAUUCACAGAAGAAAAACAGGAGGAAAAACUCCCAGAGAACUUGCUCGGAUACCAGCAUGGACCCCUUCACGUUGCAAAUCUAGUCCAAUCUAGUCCACCUCCCCCGCCUCCGUCGUCAAAUGCCGGCGGUCCUCAGCCUCCCCCUCCGCCACCACCAGAUGGCUCUGAAGACUAUGAUGAACGGACCGUCACAAGCAAUGGUGUGAUGAUGCCUCCGCCGCCCCCACCAGGGAAAGAUGGUGAGUCUGACAUGAAGUUGAUGCCCCCUCCAUCACUAUCAAAUCAAGGCCAAGGUACUAAGCGACCUGCUGGUAUGGACAGAGGGGAUCAAAAGAGGACAAAGGGUGCAUUAGGGAGUGUAGCAGGUUAUGGUUCAGAUGAGGAAGAAGGGGAUGAUGUCAACUCAUCAAUGCGAAAACAACAGCGGGAGGCUGCCAAGUACUCGUUCAACCAGUACUCGGGAAAACCACAGAUCUAUAAUGCAAACGCUCCUGGUGAACUUCAGCAUCCGGCAUUCAUGGGACAUCCACCCUACGGUGGACCAAUGGAGCUGAUGCCUGGUGACCCGUCAUUCCAGUAUAGUCAGCCCCCACCUCCACCCCAUACGUCACAGAGUCAUUACGUGUCAUCGUCAAUGGAGUCUCAGUUAUCAGUGCAACCAGGACAGUUCUCACAGCCACCGCCACAGUUCAGUGCCCCUCCGCCCCCUCCCCCACAGUUUGGCUUCAACCAACAAUAUUCCCAACCACCGCCAUCAUAUCAAGGGCCGCCCCCUGGGCAGCAAUAUUGGUCAGGGCGGUGAGCAUUAUAGGACUUAUAAGGCUGUGUAUCCAUUGGCUGUUCCCUUGUGAACUUGAGGACUUGUAACAUGGUUUCUAUUGCCUCUAUUGCACAUUCCCUGGUACAUCAAAUGGGAAUGUCCAAUGAGCCAAAUUAAUCAUUUGGUGUUGUGCAUCUCUGGCAGUAUGAAACGAGGAAAAGCUGCACAGGCAAACAGUCUGUGGAUAUGCAACCUAACUGGACAAUUCAAUGACAACGCAGAGUUCUGCUGUGUAGGGCAAGCCAUCACUGGCGUGAUUGCAGAGUGUGGCUGGUUAUGAGCCAAGCAAAUGACGAUAGAUUGAGUGGGAACGGUGAUGGUCUGUGUUCACAAGAACUUUAAAGAAGAGGUGUAGAGCCAACUGGCAUCAACAGCGCUAUGAAAUGGAGGGCAAGCAUGAACCUUUUUGGUUGUGUUCUCUGUCAUGAUUUGGAUGAUUAAAUAAAACACAGCCAACUACCUGGACGGGGAAAAUGUUGAAGUUUAGUUGGGAUAUACUCUGCUUUGGUCACUUCGAUAAUGCAAUUCCUUGGUGCUUGUGAAUUUUGUUGUAAGCUUCAUUUCAUGCUCAAGUGUGUGCAGUUUAUAGAAAAAUUGAUUGAAUUUUUAAUUUAAUAUUAUUCUGUCGUUUUGUUCUUGAUGUAGACAUUCCUGAAUCCAGACACGUUCCCUUCCUUAACCUGUGAAAAGAUAUGUGGUAAAUUAAAAAGUCAAGGGAGAGUGUAAAGUGAAAAUAAUGAUAAAUGCUUGUGUCCAUAGUGCAUUUAGUGUGUAUUGCACUGUCAGCAUUGGAGAAGAGGACCGGUGAAAAAUUGGAUCCUGCUUCCCUUAGGUAUUGAAUUGAUGCAUGUAACCCGGUUUAUCCUAGAACAAACUUUUCAGAUGUCAUGUCCCUUUAAGAUUAAUUUCUGAUGCGGUUUAUAUAAAAACCAUGGUGUAAAUUUUCUUGCAGCAUCCAAAUCAUUCUUUGAUGUAAUGCUGGAUUGUCUUAAAAUGAAAUGCUAAGGGCUCAGUACUUCCAUUUCUGUGAAGAAAGACUUGCCUCAAAUUACACAGUACUGUUCUAAGAUUCAUAUGUCUACAGUGUGAUAAGUGUCAUGAUGAAAUUCUAGGGUAAUGUAAUUGAAACUUAAGUGCUGUUGGAAGAAAAUGGAAAAAAGGGUUGAACUAAAAAAGCGACUAUACAGCUCGACUUCUUCCAUGUUGGUAGUCUCUGCUCUGUUCACACAUAAAAUCUAGCAUAGCUUAAGAGACUUAAUCUGUGCUUGAUAAACUUCAAGUAGGUCUGGCCAGGGAAGUUUUGGGCAUUUAGGUAACUUAUUAAAAUGUACUGCAGCGUUCCAAAUCACGCCACUGUCUGUAUAAUUUGGUCUUCUCCUGUAUGUGUCAAUAGUGAAUAAAUGAA